UUCCUCCAUGGUACAGGAUCAACAUAAAAGCAGGUGGCUCAGAGUAGCAACCUGUUCCAGACCCCUGAAGCAGCCAAAAUGAUGUCUCUGCUCCCUCUGCUCCUGCUUGGCAUUGUGUUUCCAGCAACUCAGGCCAUACAAUUCAAGAAAUGUGAAUUGUCCCAGAUAUUUAAGGAAGAAGGCAUGGAGAAAUAUUUUCCUCUGCCUGAAUUGAUUUGUACUGUCUUCCAUAUCAGUGGCUUUGAAACUGAAACUAAAGUCAAUAACAAGGGCCACCAAGAAUAUGGAAUAUUUCAGAUCAGCAACAAUGGCUGGUGUGCUGAAAAGGAAGAAGAUAUAACAAAAAGUGUCUGUGGCAUUCUUUGCACCAAACUCCUGGAUGAUGACAUUACUGAUGACAUUGCAUGCGCCAAGAAGAUCUUGCAGCUACCUAAAAGACUUGAUUACUGGAAGGCUCAUAAAACAUUCUGCCGUAAGGACCUGGAUCAGUGGAACUGCUAGCCCAAUACUGUUCUCAAUGCCCCUCACUUAUUUCUUCUUCUGGAA